AUGUCACAAGCCGCCGCCCGCAUACUCCAGAGCGGGAUGCGCCUGCCGCCACUCCCCACCAUCCGGGAACUGGUCAAGCUCUACAAGCUUCAGGCCAGAAAGCAGCUGAGCCAGAACUUCCUCAUGGACGAGCGUCUGACGGACAAGAUUGUCAAGUCUGCCGGCCGCAUCGAUGCGAGGGAUAUUGUGCUGGAGGUGGGUCCCGGCCCCGGCGGCAUCACCCGCUCCAUUUUGCGCCGCCAGCCGGAGCGACUGAUGCUCGUGGAGAAGGAUCAGCGGUUCACUGAGACCCUCCAGCUGCUUAAGGAGUGCGCCAGACCACUUAACAUCCAGGUGGACAUGUACUACGAGGACAUCCUGCGCUUCAACGUGGAGCAGCAUAUUCCGGACACUUCCCAGCGCAUCCAUUUGAUCGGCAACCUUCCGUUCGCCAUCUCCACGCGCCUUUUGAUCAACUGGUACGAGGAUUUGGCCGCCAGACGAGGCGCUUUCCGACGCAACGACACCUGCAUGACACUCACUUUCCAGAAGGAGGUGGCCGAGCGGAUUUGCUCACCUGUCGGUGGCGAGCAGCGCUGCCGCUUGUCGGUGAUGUCACAAAUCUGGACGGAACCGAUCCUGAAGUUCAUCAUACCGGGCAAGGCGUUUGUGCCCAAGCCGCAGGUGGAUGUCGGCGUUGUCAAGGUAAUGCCUCUGAAACGUCCAAAGACCCAGCUGCCGUUCCCCUUGGUGGAGCGCGUGGUGCGGCACAUCUUCAGCAUGCGUCAAAAGUACUGCCACCGGGGCUAUGGCACCCUAUUCCCACCGGAAGACCGGGAAGAGGUCACCGAGAAGCUCUUCCAGCGCGCCGAGGUACAGGACACGCUGCGGUCCUUUGAAUUGUCCGUGGAACAGUGCCUGAGGCUGGCGGAAGUAUAUGCAGAGCAUGUGAACGCACAUCCCGAGGUGGCUAGCUAUGAUUACCGGGCUCCAAAGAAUCCGGAGAUCGUCUAAUGCAACGAUUUCACGCCUGUUUAUAAAUAUUGUAAAAUGUAUUUAAUUAGUUGAGUAAACAAAAGUCUCUAAAACGUGUAAGCAAUA